AACGUGACCGUCGAUGGCGCCGUCGCUGCUGCUGCUGCUGCUAAACGCAGCCGCUGCGGUAGAAUGAGCAAGAGCCGCGACCAGUCAGCGGGUUUGUCAUCCAAAUCCUGACGCUACCAUCGCGGAGAAAACCCUGCCUCGGUCUCCGGGAAUAACAGGUUUAGUGAACGACAACCGUUACCUCUCGUUCUCUCUCUCUCAGCCUCAUCGCCUGCUGAGCGCGCGCGCGCACACCGUGAGAUAAUUCCAUGCGAACCGGCCGACAUGUGGACACCGACCGAGGAGGAGAAAUUUGGCGUCGUAAUAUGCAGCUUUCGAGCUUCAGUGCCUCAAGGGCUUGUGCUGGAAAUUGGAGAAACUGUUCAGAUUUUGGAAAAAUGUGAAGGAUGGUUCAGAGGAUUUGCCACCAAGAAGCCUUCAGUCAAGGGUCUAUUUCCAGCAAGUUACAUUCACCUGAAAGCAGCUGUGGUCAGUAACCGAGGCCAGUUUGAGACAGUCGUUCCCGUGGAAGAUUGUAUUGUUACUGAGAUUACUGCCACAUUGCAAGAUUGGGUGCUGCUCUGGAAGCAACUGUAUGUGAAACACAAGGUGGAUUUAUUUUAUAAACUGCGACAUGUAAUGAACGAGCUGAUUGACUUGCGGAGGCAGCUUCUAUCUGGUCAUCUUACUAAGGACCAAAUCCGGGAUGUCAAGCGGCACAUCACAGUCCGUUUGGACUGGGGCAAUGAGCAAAUGGGCAUGGACCUGGUACCCAGGAAGGACUUUGAAAUGGUUGAUCCUGAACACAUAAGUGUGGCAGAUCUCUAUAAACUACACUUAUCCAGUAGGCACAACAUACAGCAGAGUACCACACAGACGGACACCAUGCGGCACCGUCACGGCGACACAUGCAGGAUCCCUGUACCCCACCAUCUCUUCCUGAACAUGAAGAGCUUUACCUACCAUACCAUUGGAGAAGAUACUGACAUCUUCUUCUCCCUUUUCGACAUGCGAGAGGGCAAACAGAUCAGUGAGAGGUUUAUGGUGAGGCUGAAUAAGAAUGGAAUGCCAAGAAACCCAGAGAAGAUAGACCGGCUAUGUGCACUUUUUACGGAUCUAAGUAAUAAGGAUCUGAAGCGAGAUCUCUACAUAGUUGCUCAUGUCAUACGAAUAGGUCGAAUGUUAUCCAAUGAUUCAAAGAAAGGUCCCCCUCACAUACAGUACCGACGUCCAUACGGAUGUGCAGUGCUGAGUAUGAUGGAUGUUCUACCAUCUAGUUCCGAACUCCGCGAGGAAAAGGAUUUUGUUCUGAAGGUUUAUACAUGCAAUAAUGAAAAUGAGUGGUAUCAAAUCCACGAAAAUAUAAUUCGUAAAUCCAGUAACAAGUACACUGCAGCAAGCACGAAUUAUGGGAUGAUAAUUUCUCUCCAGCUCCUUCGGGGUGAUAUGGAUCACAUUCGCAGAGAGAAUCCUAUCAUCUUUAAUCGGGGAGUGGCCAUCACCCGCAAACUGGGCUUCCCUGAUGUCAUCAUGCCAGGUGACAUCAGGAACGAUCUGUAUCUGACAUUGGAACGAGGGGAUUUUGAGAGAGGUGGAAAGAGUGUUCAGAAGAACAUUGAAGUAACAAUGUACGUUCUUUAUGCAGAUGGAGAAAUACUGAAGGACUGUAUCAGUCUUGGAUCUGGAGAGCCCUCCGUAACUGAACAUUGCUCCUUUGUGAUGUACCACAACAACAGUCCACGAUGGGGUGAGAUCACCAAACUGCCCAUUCCGGUUGACAAAUUCAGGGGUUCUCACCUUCGAUUUGAGUUCAGACACUGCUCAACAAAAGACAAAGGUGAAAAAAAAUUAUUCGGAUUUGCAUUUACACCACUAAUGCGAGACGAUGGUACAACUCUUUCGGAUGACAUUCAUGAGCUGUAUGUUUACAAGUGUGAUGAAAACAGCACUUUCAGUAAUCAUGGGCUGUACCUGGGUCUCCCCUGCUGUAAAGAAGACUUUAAUGGCUGUCCCAACAUUCCAUCCAGUCUUAUAUUCCAACGAAGUGCAAAAGAAUUCUUCUGGAUCUCAACCCUACUCUCAUCUACUAAACUAACACAGAAUGUUGACCUCCUUGCCCUUUUGAAGUGGAAAGCACAGCCAGACAGAGUGAUGGAUAUCCUGGGAAGGCUGAGACAUGUCAACGGUGAAGAAAUAGUUAAAUUUUUACAGGACAUUUUAGAUACAUUGUUUACAAUUUUAGAUGACAACACGGAGAAAUAUGGUUUGCUGGUAUUUCAGUCCUUGGUGUUCGUAAUAAAUUUGCUACGGGACAGCAAGUAUUUUCACUUCCGGCCAGUGAUGGAUACCUACAUUAAGAAGCAUUUCUCUGGUGCGCUGGCAUACAAGGAGCUGAUCCGAUGUCUGAAAUGGUACAUGGAUCGAUCUGCAGAAGUUAUCAGACAAGACCACAUUCAAGAGGCAAUGAGGGCCUUGGAGUAUUUAUUUAAGUUUAUAGUGCAAUCACGAAUCUUGUAUUCAAGAGCAACAGGUGGGAUAGAGGAGGAGCACUUUCGUACCAGCAUUCAGGAACUUUUUCAGUCCAUCCGCUUUGUCUUGAGUUUGGAUAGCAGAAGUUCUGAGACCCUCGUCUUCACACAGGCGGCUCUUCUCAACUCCUUCCCUGCAAUUUUUGAUGAGCUGCUGCAGAUGUUUACAGUGCAGGAGGUGGCAGAGUUUGUGAGAGGAACAUUGGGUAGCAUGCCUAGCACGGUACACAUUGGUCAGUCGAUGGAUAUCGUCAAGCUGCAAUCUAUCGCACGGACAGUGGACAGUCAUCUCUUUUCAUAUCCAGAAUCCCGUCGGAUCCUGCUGCCCGUUGUACUCCAUCAUAUUCAUUUGCACCUGCGGCAGCAGAAGGAGCUACUUAUCUGUUCCGGGAUCCUCAGCAGCAUCUUUUCCAUCAUGAAGUCAAGUUCCUUGGAACACUCAAUAUCAGAAGAGGUAGAAAUGAUGGUCGAGAGUCUCCUUGAUGUCCUUCUUCAGACCUUGCUUGCUAUUAUGAAUAAGUCCCAGAUGGCGGAGGCGGUAAGAGGACAGCGCUGCCCACAGUGCACAGCAGAGAUAACCGGUGAGUAUGUCACCUGCCUACUGUCCUUGCUUCGACAAAUGGGAGAUAACCACUACCAACACUUACUGGAUAAUUUCCAGAGCAAGGAGGAACUCAAGGAAUUCUUAUUAAAAAUAUUUUGUGUGUUCCGCAAUUUAAUGAAGCUGAGUGUAUAUCCACGUGAUUGGAUGGUGAUGAGACUACUAACAAGCAAUAUCAUUGUUACCACUGUCCAAUACCUGUCUCCAGCAUUACACAAGAACUUCACAGAAACAGAUUUUGAUUUCAAGGUGUGGAACUCAUACUUCAGCUUAGCUGUUUUAUUUAUCAAUCAGCCAAGCCUUCAACUAGAGAAUGCCACUCCUGUCAAAAGGAAGAACAUUCUGGAUAGAUAUGGUGACAUGAGAGUGAUGAUGGCUUACGAACUUUUCAGCAUGUGGCAGAAUCUAGGUGAAAAUAAGAUUCAUUUUAUCCCAGGAAUGAUUGGCCCCUUUUUGGGUGUGACACUAGUGCCACAGAUUGAGGUUCGGAAUGUAAUGAUCCCAAUCUUCCAUGACAUGAUGGACUGGGAACAGCGAAAGAAUGGCAGCUUCAAGCAGGUGGAAGCAGAACUGAUCGACAAGCUGGAUAGUCUGGUGUCAGACGGAAAAGGAGAUGAAAAUUACCGUGAGCUUUUCAGUCUCCUUACCCAGCUCUUUGGGCCUUAUCCUAGUUUAUUGGAGAAGAUUGAACAAGAGACAUGGAGAGAGACGGGUGUUUCCUUUGUAUUGUCUGUAACACGCCUAAUGGAGCGGCUGCUGGAUUACAGGGAUUGCAUGAAAGGGGAUGAUGCUGAAAAUAAAAAGAUUGGCUGUACUGUCAAUUUGCUGAACUUUUACAAAUCAGAGAUUAACAAGGAGGAGAUGUAUAUACGUUAUAUCCACAAACUAUGUGACAUGCAUCUGCAGGCUGAUAAUUACACAGAGGCAGCAUUUACACUGAUGCUAUACUGGGAACUGCUUCAGUGGGAGGAUAGGCCCUUACGGGAAUUUCUGCACUACCCAGCACAAAACAAGUGGCAGCGCAAGGAAGGAUUGUGUCGCCAGGUUAUCAACUACUUCAACAAGGGGAAGUGCUGGGAGUAUGGGAUCCCUCUCUGCCGGGAAUUGGCAAGUCAAUAUGAAGUCUUCUACGAUUACCACAGUCUCAGCUGGAUUCGGAAAAUGGAAGCUGCAUAUUAUGACAACAUACUGGAGCAGCAGCGCCUGGAACCAGAAUUCUUCAGGGUUGGAUUUUAUGGCAGAAAGUUUCCAUUCUAUCUGCGGAACAAGGAAUUUGUGUGCCGUGGUCAUGACUACGAGAGACUUGAGGCCUUUCAGCAAAGAAUGCUGACAGAAUUCCCACAAGCCAUUGCCAUGCAACAUCUCAACCAGCCUGAUGACACCAUCCUGCAGUCUGAUGCACAGUAUUUGCAAAUAUAUGCAGUGUGCCCGAUUCCAGAGAAUGUGGACGUUCUUCAGAUGGAAAGAGUUCCAGACCGAAUUAAAAGCUUUUAUCGUGUAAAUAACGUCAGCCACUUUCGAUACGACAGACCCUUUCACAAAGGUUCAAAGGAUAAAGAAAAUGAGUUCAAGAGUCUCUGGAUUGAACGGACAACCUUGACCCUUACACACAGCUUGCCUGGGAUCUCCCGCUGGUUUGAAGUAGAGAAGAGAGAAGUGGUGGAGGUGAGCCCUUUGGAAAAUGCAAUCUAUGUUGUGGAGAACAAAAACCAAGAGCUGAGAACUCUCAUCAAUCAGUACCAGCACAAGCAGCUGCAUGCUAACAUUAAUCUGCUCAGCAUGUGUCUGAAUGGAGUGAUCGAUGCAGCAGUCAAUGGAGGAAUAGCCAGGUACCAGGAGGCAUUUUUUCAAAAGGAAUACAUAGUGAGUCAUCCAGAGGACAGUGAGAAGAUUAACCAGCUGAAGGAACUGAUGCAGGAACAGGUUCAUAUUCUUGGAGUGGGUUUAGCGAUUCAUGAGAAGAUGGUACAUCCAGAAAUGCGGCCACUGCAUAAGAAGCUUAUAGAUCAGUUCCAAAUGAUGAGAUCCAGCCUUUGUCAUGAUCUUCCUGGAAUGGACAAGAUCAGUCCUAUUUGCUCUGGUUCAAGUACACCACGUGGAAGCCUCAUGUCUGGUCAUAAUCCCAUGAGUCCAGAAACUAUCAAGCUCAUGCACAGGCACAGGCACUCCUCAUCGUCAUUAUCCUCACAAACAUCCAGUGAGGUUGGGAAUCUUGUCAUCCUCCCAGACGGGAUAGCUGGCGAAACCCCAGAUGACCUUUACCGCAUGCAGCUUGCUUAUGCUAACACCAAGUUCCAGGGCUCCAUGACAAAUGUCUCUGUUUUGUCGUCGUGCCAGGCAAGUCCAUCCACUUCUAGCCUGAGUUCCACACACUCUGCCCCUUCACAGAUGAUCAACUCAGCCCCAUCAAGUGCUCGAGGAUCCCCAUCAUUGUCGGAUAAAUAUCGUCACUCAAGGGACAUUAUGAUGUUGCUGCCUCCUCACAGGGACAGACCAAGCAGUGCCAUGUAUCCAGCUAUGAUGGAGAAUGGACAACCUACCAGUUUCCAGCGGGCUUUGAUUCAACAAGUGGUCGGACCCUGCAAACCAUGCAGUGACCCCAACCUCUCAGUUGCUGAAAAGGCGGUGCCUGCAGCUCCCAGUUGCUGGAGUCUAGAUAGUGGAACUAGAGAUACGGUACCAUUCCUGUCAGCCUAUGUGGGCACCAUUGCUGCACCUCCAGUGCCACCUCGUACAUUGCCACCUGGUCAUUUCUCAAUGAAUUUUGAUGCCUUCCAUCAUCAGACCAGUGACAUGCCACCUGCCUUACCCGCACGAACCCUACGUAAGUCUUCACUGCAUCCUAUACCUGCAUCACCCACUAGUCCCCAUUCAGGUCUUGAUGGCAGCAACUCCACUUUGUCUGGCAGUGCAAGCAGUGGAGUGUCCUCUCUGAGUGAAAGCAACUUUGGCCAGUUGAUGGAGCCACCACGUGCUGACACUAUAGACUCUGUCCCUAGUCAGACCUGGAAUCCAGAUGAGGAUGGAGAGUCCCCUUACAUACCAGUGAGGUACAGCCUGUCAGAGCCGGACGUCAUCGAAUCAGUCAAAGCUCACCCGUGCCGCAGCCAUUCUGCUCCCACUGGGGUCAUUCCGAAGGAAUCCUUGGAGACCUCGGUAUUGCCCCCAAAACCAUAUCACUCCAGGCCUGCAUACACAGACAAUGAAGAUGUACUUGAAGAAGAGAGCAGGCCAAAGAGUUUUACAUGCAAACUGUCUCAGCCUGGCCUAAGUGGUAAAAAUGACCAGGCCAAGGUACCGUGGGAACAUGGCAUCAAUCAAGAAUAAGUCACAAUGCGUUCUGGAAAUCAAGGUGUUGACUGGUUCAUCCUACGGGUGGCAGCCACCUCUGUUUAUUGUAAACAGACUAUAUCUCUUUGGAAAACAUAAUUGCUUUGAUUCUGAGAAAGGAGGUCUAUCUGUUUUUGGCCUGGUUUACAGUUAAGAAAUAUUGAAGUGUUGAGAAGAGCAUUCAAAUCUUCAUACCCAAUUGAGAAUAUUUUCUGUCACAAUCAUGCACUUCACUUCGAUUAUUGUAAAGAUGAAUUUACAAGGAUUGUGAACUUCAAUUGGUAUUUGUCAUUUUAUUAUGUGCCCACCGAUUCCUCCAUUUGAUGCCCGUACAUGUACAUUCUAAUUUGCUAUCUCUUAGGCUUCAGGUGAAGAAAUUUUAUACCUCCCAUCCAUGUCAUUUCACUUUUGCUCAUAAGUGUGUAAAAUGGUGUCAUUGAGAUUUCACACUUGCUUUAAGGCUAUUCCUAUAAAGCAGGAAAGAAUUGUCAUAAUUGUCUAAAAGUAGUGUACCAGAGUAAUAUCAAAAAGUAACUGGAAGAUACAAACAUAUAAAGCAACACAUGAUAGGACCCUACUGAGUUCAGAAGUGAUAAAUUUACAAUUAGCAUUAAAUUUGCUUUAAUGUAACAAAUUUCAUAUUUGACCUUCAUUAAAAUUGCAGAUCAAUUAAUUCAUUAGAAUUUUUUUUAAUUACAAUUCUUUAUUGGCUUUUGUGCACUGGGUGAGGGUUCGCAUGAAUGUGAAUGUAUGUAAAAGCAGACAGUAUUAUGUACAGUUCCACCCACUAAGUUCCUUCUGAAUGGCAAACCACAAAAAUUCUAACAAAAUAAACCCUAGAAAAAUCCAGAUGCUGGAAUCUAGAGUGAAAUACAAAAUACUGGAUGAAUUCAGUGGAUCAAGCCUAAUCUGUGGAGGGAAUGGACAAACAGUGUUUCUAGUCAGGACCCCCCUUCGGACUAAUGUAGUGGGGUUGGGGGAUAAAGUUGGAAGAUGGAGGUUUUGUUUUGUCGAGAAAAUGCAGUAAUAAUUAAAGUAUAUUUAUGUUUUUUAACUACUUUGCAAUGAGUUUCUGUAAACUUCAACCACGCUCUGAUUCAGCCAAUCACUCUGUAGUCCUAAUCCAUUUUUUGGAAGAGUUCACAUCAGAGAUCCACCGCAUUGUCUUUGAAUUAAUCUUUAAAUUGCCUAUCCUAGAAAACAGUAAAAGUAGCAGUGUAGUGUCUCUUUCUCUGAAUGCGCUACCUGGUAUAGUAUUAACAUUUCACAGGCCAAUAGGUGCGAUUCAUGUGCUAAGAACCAAAAGCAGGCAAAGCUGGAUUUCUGAUCCUCUUAGCAAAGAGUAUAACACGGACAAGGGGUGGUGGGUGUAUGGAACAAGCUGCCAGAUGAGGUAGUUGAGGCUGGGACUAUCCCAACGUUUAAGAAACAGGUACAUGGAUAGGACAGGUUUGGAGGGAUAUGGACCAGGAGCA